AUGAAGGUCAAGUUCUCUCGCGCAAAAUACAGGAUCGGCAAAGCGCGUGCCCAAUACAUGAGAAGACGUAGCCGGCCCAACGAGUUGCUCCCGCCUCACAUCGCCAGGCAGAAGAAAAGCAAGUUGGCAAGCAAUCUCAAGUCAUCUGCCAGUCAUUUUGUUGGGCCUAUCCUCGAAAAGGAAGCCUCCAACCAACAUGCUCCGGUAGCCUCCGCUUUGCCUGGCAUUAAAGGCGAUUUAACGGACAUCAUAUUGUCUCUCAAAGCACAGCAGAUCAAAAUGGGAAAUCGGUUCAUGGGCGUGAAAAGCAGAGUCGUCAGCCAGGCCGCAAAAAUAAGGGACCAAACCAUGGUUCUGAAAAAACUCUGCAACCGUGUCAUCUACCAAGAAAACAAACUUGAUGAUCUGGCCCAAACCACAUCCGUCCGCAAAGACGUCUUGGAGCAGCUUCUUGCUAGAAGCUUCACAGAUUCCAGGCCCUCUGAUCAAGUCUUUCCCUUACCGCCUUUGCGGACCCAUGUACAGCCCUAUGAUGAACGUACCCAUAAAGGCUACAAACGGGUCAGCGAGUGGCUCGACAACUUCGAAGCCCGCCCUGAGAUGAUCCCCCACAGUGGAAGAGCCGAAUCGCUGGAAAGCCCUUCCAGAGGCUCCGAGAGCUCGUCGGUCCGCUCUGCUAGUGUUAGCUCAAAAUCUCCAUCCGUGGCUAGCUCUACCUUGACCUCAAUGGUUAGCGAUGGGCCCAUUUGGAGGCCUCCCACCCCCGAUCCCAAUGCUGUUCCCGACCCGGCCAACGACAUCAUGUCUCUCUUUCAACAACAUCAACAAGAGCAGCAUCAGAAAAACGAAUCUCCUCGCCCACAUGAUCUCUCCGGGCAAACUCACUCCGACUCCCAGACACAGGCCCUGCGAGCGCCUUCCCCUGCUAAUUUGCAAAACCACACUUCAGUCCAGCCCGCUCCGGUGGCGCAACAAUGGACACAGCGGCAGCCCGCUGUCUCGCCGCCUCAGCAGAGCUUUCACCCCGCGCAAGUUGGUCACUUGCAAUCUCAGAACCUAUACCCUGGAGCUUCAUUCACAUCAAUCAUCGCUCCAGGACCCUUGCCACCUCCUCAACAGCCCAACCAGUCAAGCUCAUCCACCCAGCUUCUGCUCCGCUCCGCGAAUCAUCAUCACGUGUCAGACACAUUCCCGCCCCAGGCCCCACAGGAGCAGAUGGCUUCUAGUUCCCACCAGCACUUCCCCAACCCGCAGCAAUACCGUCUCCCUUACCCACGGUCGGACUUGGGCGCAUACCCUCAACCACCACCACCACUCUACGCCCCGGCUCAUCCGCACCACCACCAUCAGCAACAUCGGCAAAACCGAGCCAACCAGACCCACCCCUCAUCCUCCUCGCCCUCCUCCCACAGAACGACCCGCGGCGCCAUCACGUACCCGCCACCCUCUCUCGCCUUUCCCGACCUGCCCGACGAUCUCGCCGGCCAGCUCGAAGACAACCUCGCCGGCCGCGCCGAGAUCAUGCAGCCCAUGCAACUUUCGCCGCACGACUACUACCGCUACAGCAAAUAUGGCGACGAUGACGCGUUUUUGAGCUCCGCGCCCGGACCAUCGUCCAUCGAGCCGCCGCCGCCGCCGCCGGAUCCGUAUCCGUGUACGUAUCCGUUGCUAUUGCCAAGUGCGUUUGAUCGGCAGGUAGUCGAGGAGGCGGAGACGGGGGCGGAGACUGGGGCGGGGGCGGAGCUGGAGCUUGAGCCGGAGCUGGACUCAUUCAUCGUCGGGGCGGGCGUUGGAUGCGGAUUUGGAUGUGGAUGCUGCUGCGGUGGAGAUGGGGAGAUGGAUGGAGGGAGGGGAGAGAGAGGGAAGGGGGAUUGGCUGAUCAGUGGCUGA